AUGUUACUAACAUCCGCUCAAAAGUACAAAUUUUCGACUGGUAUCAUCGAGCCGUGCGUUUCCGGCAUUUAUGCGACCUGUGCCCGGAAGCACGAAAAGCAGGCUGCUCAGGAGCUGACACAAUUGUUUCAGGAAAAACUCGAAGAAUGGUAUGGUGACGAACUGCGAGAGUUAGGCCAUGGCGAGAGCGACGACGAGUCCGAUAAUGACGCCUCUGUGGAAGAUAAGAUCAAGAAGGAGUUAGAAGCUCUUCAUGCAAAGAACAAUGGGCCAAAGAGCAAAGAGAUUUUGAGGUUUGUUGACCUCAACUGUGAAUGCGUUGUGUUUUGUAAGACACGUAAGCCCAUUGAUCCUGAGAAAUUUGUUCAUCAAUUGAUGCAGGAAUUUGCAAACCCCAAAGAAUCUCAAAAGAGGACCAGGUACGUGCAAAAACUAACUCCUGUCACAUUCUCUUGUAAUGCUUCCCUCCCGGAGCUAACGAAAUUGUCACAACGAGUUCUGAAGCCUCAUUUUCAUGAAGAGGGCACUAAACCUCUUAAAUUCGCAAUCGAAGUCACCCGCAGAAAUUUCAAUACGCUUGACAAAAUGGACAUCAUCAAAGAAGUGGCUAGAGUCGCAGGUAAUGGAGGGCAGUUGCCGCAUAAAGUCGACCUAAAAAACUAUGACAAACUGAUACUAGUUGAGUGCUUCAAAAACAAUAUCGGAAUGUCUGUAGUGAAUAGUGAGUACCGCGACGACUUCAAAAAAUACAAUAUACAACAGAUAUUUGAGUCUAAAAUCAAAGCUCAAGCAGCCAACGCGACUCAAGAUGUUAAACUGGAGCCUAAAUAA